AGUAGCUCGGUUGUCUCCUGUCGCGUAACGAAGCUGUGCAACUGUCAACCCGGAUUCCGGACAAACCCAGGGGCUUCACUCUCGGACUUUAAGGAAAAUGUUACAAAGGACGACAAUCCCAGAACUAACUCGGAAUAAAACCUUUUAAUUUUUGACUUUCUGGUGAGUUGGAUUCGAUGUUUGGAAAGGUUAUCUCACCGUUAGCCUGCUAGCUUUACUUAGCCUACAGUACGUCGAGCUGGGACAAGGCUAACAUUGUCUUCAUAUUUGACAGCGCUUGCCUUUACGCACAUUGUGAAGAGCUGUCGUUUCUUAUUUCUAAUUGUUGUAUUUUUCCUGUAAAUGUGCUGCCAGACAGCGAGCUGGACCGUGUUUUCAUUGCCCUCACAUCCUCGGGUCACAGUGACAGGACCAGUGACGGAUUUACGGUGGUGCUUGAGUAGCCGGUGUUCUAACGAAUAGUGCUACCUAUCCAGAUCUGCUCGUUUCAUAUCUGGGCAUGCGCAGUGCCACAGUCCACUGGCGCUUGUCUCCGUAACCGUAAACUUACACAUCCACGAAUUUCCCUGAAAUCUGGAAUAACACUGUGUAGAAACGUGCCUUAUUUUUCCUUACAGUAGAAAAGUGUUUACUAAUUGUGGCGUAGUAAGUAAUUUAAAGCUGGGUGGGUUAUUUUAAAGGGUUUUAACAGUUUGACGAUUUACUAAAUUAAACGAAUGUGGUGUUACAGAGUAUUAAACCAUCCCCAAACCAAUGAAAAUGAAAGUUUUAUGGUUACUGUUGCAGUGUAAAGGGAUUUUUUUGACUGGGGUUUUGACAGUUAAUGCUACCGAGUCGCGACAGGUGCUGUAUUUCAACAAAGUAGCAAAACUCGUCAGAACACCGGUUAAUUUUCACUAGCUAAGCAGUAAUGGUUUAUUAAGGUUCAUUAUUACUCACAAUUAGCAAUGAUCUGACCUUUUAACCGUUUAAUCCUUGAAACCACAAAUUCUGGCCUGAAAAAAAUUUUUUUUUUUUUUUUGAAAACCAAAAAAAUCAAAAUGUCCUUAAAAUUUAACAAAUUUAUUUAUCUCGUUUGAUACAUUAGAUGUUUCUGGAAACUAAUAAACCACAAGAGGACAUUUUAAUCAUUUAUCAGACUGUACUCGGGUGUUAUUUUUAGUAAUUUGUUGAUCAUAUUGAUGUGAUGGAAGUACACUACAGGCCAAAAGUUUGGAAGCAAGGCCGUUACAGGCCGAACAGCUGGGAGUAACUUCAAGUUUUUGUUCACGAUGCUUUUUUUUUUUUAAAUCCAGCAUGAGUUUUAUCUAUUUUGGGAUGUAUUUACUCCAUGAUCAGAUGUUGCUUUCAUGGAAAUGCACCAUUUUACACCAUUUACAUUGAUGUUAACAGACCAUUGCUAAAUACAUGUCAGCAAAAGAUAAUAAGGAACAGUACCACUCCAUCCUCCAGCACCAUGCUGCUCCAUCUGGACUCAGACUUGUGGCUCAUAAGUUUGUUUUGCAGCAAGACAAUGACCCUAAGCACUCUGCCAAGCUCUGUCAGGGUUACCUAGACAACAAAGAAGAGGAAGGUGUUCUUCAAAAGAUGGUUUGGCCCCCUCAGUCUCCAGACCUUUCUCGGAUUGAGCUUGUGCGGGAUAAAUUGGACCAAAAAGAUUGAAAGAGAAUUCUAAAGUGCUGAUUAGAGUGUCAUGUGCUAAAGGUGUUUAAAGUACAGCUAGUUAAAGUGUGAAAGUACAUUGAAUUGCAUGAUGCCCAUAGCACACGAUUGCACUCGCAGAUGUUUGUCUAAAAUUGCACAUGGUUUGUAUACAUAAAUAUAUUAUUUAUACCCUUUAGUAACACAUUUGCAUACAUGAACGAGAGAACAAAUUAAGAGUGGUACCCCAAAGCAAUUAGUUAAUUAGACAUGACACACAAUUUUAGACAUGAUUAUGAUGGCAGGUCUGGUUUUCCAACAGCCAUGACUUGAGAUGUUUAGUAAAAGUAGUGAGGGUUGGGAGUUCACGUAUGGUGCUGGGUAUUUGUCCAAGUUAACAAUAUAUAAUUGAACAGAUGGGAAAAAAUAUCCAUAUGGCAUUUAAUUUGAUACAAUUUUCAUAACCCUUGGGCCAAAUAUAAAGUUAGUUGAAAACACAUUCAUUGAAACCUGACAGCUACAUUUGAGUAAAACAGACAAAAAUUCUCAUGUUCAAACCUUUAAAUGUGAUAAAAUUACCAAUGCCUCGAGUCUGAGAGCUCAGCUUUCAUUCGCACAUAAAAGCCGACAAAUAAACCCACAGCCAGAUGCAGCACAAUCGUCUAAUGUCUCAUUAUGAGUGUUACUGUUGGUGUCGCUCACACCCAGCCUCCCUCUGAACCACGCCUUCCCUCCCUCCUCUCAUUUCAUCCUUUCAGACUGUGGUUACUUCGGGAUCAGAAGGAGGGAUGCCGGUGGAGAGCGGGAGCAGCGCGGCGGCCCGACAGGCCAAGCAGAAGAGGAAGUCCCACAGCCUGUCGAUCCGCAGGACCAACAGCACCGAGCAGGACCGCUCCGGGCUGCAGAGGGACAUGCUGGAGGGACAGGUGAGUGUUCCGUUAUGACACAGUGAAAUUAAAACGAGGACAGGUCGCAGAGAAAGUAUUUAAUCAGUGAAGAUUUGAAGGUAACAAGCACCUUUAUAAUUAGCUUUCUGUCCUGCUGUGUCUCUUAGCACCUUUAAACACUCUGGAUGUAAGCCUAAGCCAAUUAGGUUUUAAUGCACAACAAAGGCUUAUAUUGCUGCUUGAGCAUGACUAAAAUACCGCAGGGUUAUUUUAACUCGGGUGUUAAUGAAGAUGGAGUUUUUGAGCCGUGAUGGUUAAGAUGGAGAAGAGUACAGACACUUAGUUUGUUUCAUGUCGAAGUCUUCAUCAGUCUAAUUACUUUCACUACACUAAUGUCAGAAGUCUGUAUGUCUGCGGUCAAACAAUGUUAUGAAUGAUUGUAGAGAUCACAUCAUACAGGGUGGGCGGGGCCUCAAGAUACUUCUCAAAAUACGCCAUUAGCUGGUGAAAUCUUCGCUCUGCUAUCUCGGAUGAAGGUGGAUGUAAACUCACAGAUUUUUCUCAUGAAUUUGUUUCUGCUAAACUUUGUGCAGGUGUUAGAAAUAUUUGCAGACAUGAUUUAUUGGGACGAGCUCCCUCUAUUCCAUUAAACGUCUUUGCCACACCUGUCGCUGCGUCAUUAUCUUAUUCACUGAAGCUCAGCAUCCCGUCGUGAUCCGCUAUGAUCCUCUCCUCACAUCAUCACAAAUGACGUAAUGUUAUUUCGGCGCAGAUAAAUAUAACGUCUGUGGAGUAUGAAGUCCACGCUCUGACAGAUCGGAACCAAAAUUCACCUCCAAGUCUGUCGAUUUAAAUUUCCCCUUUUUCCAGCAUCAUUGCCCGCCCCAACGUGCUCAAGGCCUGGAGAUCAACAAAGGACACUGUGGACAACUCAACUCGCUUUAAUUUCCUUUUAUUGUAGAUGGUAACCGGUUGCAGAAGCAGGUUGAUAACCUCAAAGGAAAUAAAUGAAAUGAGUCUGUCAUUAAGUAGGCACAAAUAAAUUAACUCAUUAGUACUAAUUUAAAAAAAGAGUUAUUAAAUUUAAGAGUUAAACAAAUUAAAUGAAUGGGUAAAAGGUUUUAAAUCAUUUCAAUCCAUUCUAAAAUGAAUUUGGCUUUUAAACGGUUUUAAAUUAUUUUAAAUCAUUUUAAAUUAUGCUAAAUCCUUAAUAUGUAAUUCAUUUUAACUCAAACUUAAUAUUUAAUGUUACGGUUGAUUGAAAUCAAAUCUAUCACUCUAUCGAGGAAUUGAUUUUUGUGACUUCCUUCCUCUCAAAUUAGUUUUUAAAUAUUUUGCAUCCCAACUUAAACGGACUCAGGCACCUAAACGGUCUUCAUAUGAGCGUGAUCCUGGUCCUAGUCUUAGACUUACCGCAGAGGCGCAAAGAUAAUUAUAACAAACCUCUGUUUUAAUGAAGCAGCAGGAUGGUGGAAAUUCAGAGUUGAUUUACCUCAACAUGAUACACCUGUUAUCCUCAGGUUAGACUUGAAGCUCUUUUCCAGCCCUCAGGACUUCCACACGCUGAUUGUUCUCAUAGUCAGGUGUUAAAAUCUGGAGUUUAAUGACGUGGAUUAAUUCUGCUGUGAAGUUUGUGUCUAGACAAACUCUCUCUAGUCCUCUAAUCUUUGAUAAGUUUCUUGCACAGCUGUAAUAAUCGUGGAGUUUCUCGUGUUUAAACCCAAAGUGGUGCAAACAGUGUAAUCCCUUCCUCAUGACUUUUUUGUUUUUCACUCUGGCCCUUUUUGGUCCCAGUCCUCUGAUAAUCUGGAGUCCCUGAUGAGGAUGGAGGUAAGUCUGAGGUGUCCAGCUCUCUGUGUGUGUGUGAGACACUUGUCUCUGUGACAUUAGAGCUAGUUUUAAAUGUGUAGGUUCGAUUAGCAUCUAGACGGGGUGUCUGGUAGUCCUCAGAGUGUUUUCUUGACGUAGAAUCAGAACACACAGAUCAGCCAUGACAUUAAAAUAACACAUGUAUUUUGCACCUUUUUGAGGUUUGGUGCAUUUAAAUAGUCGCAGAUCUUUCCUUUAAAGUCCCCCAUAAAUGCACGGAUAUCUAAAUAAUCAGGUUCCUCUGUUACGGUGCGGUCACAUGUUUCCUAAGUGCUAUUUCUCCACAGCGUCUAUCUUCAGUAACAUACAGUCCGUCCUCUUUACAUUCAGGUCCCUUCCCCCAUGGCUGCAGCCUUUCUUCUUCUUCCUCUUCUUCCUCUUCUUCUUCUUCUUCUUCUUCUCGGUGUAAUUAUCCUGAUGUGUGCAGUGUGCCACAAACCUCUCUGCUGCCAGCGUCAGCCUUUCAGAGCGAACACACUCGACUGAUUCCUUUAGAAAACUCUGCUGAGAGCGGUGACUCAGCGUCAGAGGGAGAGUGCAUUAUGUGGAGCACUCAGCGUUCAGGUGCAAAGAGAGGAGCAUCGUUAUGAUUGGACAAAGCUCUGAGGAAGGGGAGGAGGAGGAGGAGAUGGUCCCUCUCAGUUGUGUUUGAUUCUCUGGUUUUAAUCAGAUGAAACAGAAGAUUUUUGACCCUCUCGUGAUACCGUCUGUCCUCUUGUAAGGCACCUUCACGUCGACCUCUUUCCUCGUUUCCUCACAGGGACGGUUUCUUUUCUUUGACUUCCUCUUUGUUCUCCCUGCAGCAGGAGUUCUCGCUUAUUUCCUUCCUCAAGUUUCUUGCAGUAACAGGUUUCAUUUUCAAUCGAGGACGAUAAAAAGAUCGUUUUGCAUUCGUGCAGUUCUGCUUUUUUUCACUAGAGGCUCAUAAUGUUUAUUUUUUCGUUCCCUUCCUGCAAAAACUUGACGACUCAGUCAUGAUAAACUUGAUGACGGUUCUCAGGAGGUAAAUUAUGACUCAUCCGCUUAGUCUCAAAACUAAACCGUCUUUUCAUAUCGAUGUUAUUCAGCCUCAAGCUUCUGUAUAAAAAGGUUUUAGUUCCUGCCCUGAAUACACACUAAAAACAAUCCUCUUCUUAGUAUUUCCUCCCCAAACACUUAAUAAUAAACCUCAAACUUGUCUCACACUCUCUGUUCUCUCUCUCUUUUCCUGCAGGACUCCAAACUGCCUCUGUCUCUGAGGAGCAAUCUUCUGGACCUGUUCAGUCAGAUCGAGAGGGAGUUUGAAAACCUCUACAUCGAGAACCUGGAAUGUAAGUCGUCUCAGAGGAGGACAUUAUUUUAAAACUGUGAGCUCUGCAGACAAAUGUUAAGAACGACACUUUUCACCCCUAAUCUAAGAGUGCACACCUGGGCUUAGAGCUGCUCGAUCGUGGAUGAAUAAAACGACAUUUCCACUCGUUAAAAUCGGCGCAAAGUUCAGCUAUCUAACACGCGACCUCUUUGACUCUCAGUGCGCAGAGAAAUCGAGACGCUGAACGAUCGUUUGGCUGCGGACGGACAGACGUUCGAAGGGGCCGAUUUAGCCAAAGGAGCUCUGAAAACAAAAGGUGAGAUUACGUUUUUGUAGAGCAACAUUUUCAGUUUUCAAAAGUGGAAAAAAAAAACGUUUUAACCGCCUCCUCAUCUCUCCGACAGCGAGUCACAGCACCAGCCAGCUGUCACAGAAACUGAAGACGACCUACAAGGCUUCAACGAGCAAGGUGAAAACAGCAAUCACUAAUCCCCGCUGCACAUGCUCUGUUUGUGUUGUGUGUUUCUUUCAGGACUGUGUGAGGGAACACAAACUGAAGACUGUCCGUUGUGUCAGGAGGUAGAAAACAUAAAGUGUCUCCAGCAGUUGAAAAUGUUGAAAAAGUGGAACUGCUGUCUUCUUCUUCUUCUUCUUUUUUUUUUUUUGUACUUUUUUUUUGCUCUCAGCCGCGUUCAAACUCUUGCCACGCCAGAGUAGGUGGACCCCGCACCUUCAGCGUAACCAGUUGGGAGUUGUGGGGUGGAGACUCAUGGGUAACUUUGUUGAUUUCUCCCCCUUGUGUGCCAAUAUGUAUGAACAGCCCAGCCAGGGAGUGGACACUCCCUCCCCGAGAGAGUUGGUCUUUCAAAUGUAGGACUCUGAGCUUUUCUAUCAGUUUCUGUGUGAGAUAAAACUCGACUUUAUAUCUCACUAACUGGCCUUUUCAGUUGCACCAGCUUUGAUUUUGGUUUAGCUUCUUCUUGGCUUUCACAUACUGGUACACUACGGAGACAUCUUUAACAUCACACGAUGCUUUUAUGCCUUGAUUAAUAAAUUACUGCGACAGAAACAUUAGUAAUCUGCUCUGGAUCAGUUUUUAAAUGAAGGACGAGCUUGUGUCCUGCUGAAAACUGCUUCCACAUCACAUUUUGCUGUUUUAGUGUGCGUUAGUACCGCCUACAAGGACAAGAAUUCAUGAACUAGAUCAACAUGCUUCCUCCAAAAGUCCUUUUUUGUUUUAAAAAUCAAGAUUUGUAUCAAGAUUAAAUGACGUAAGAUCAUGAAUUUAACUGUGAAAGUAGAUAAAUAACUCUUUUGAAAGUCACCUGACUCUAUUGCAAAAUAUUACAGCACAGUAGGGUAGACCAGUAACCCCCGUAGGAAACCAGCACCUCCUGUGGUCUACCAGCAGCUGCUAAAGUAGACCAAAAACUCCUGUCAAGGACAAACAACUCUUGUACAAGACCAAACCUGCAGCCCAUGUGGCGAACCAGGUUGAUCGGUAACUUGUGAUGGACCAACAGCUGCUAGGGUAGACCAGCAUCUCCUGCAGUUGCUUGGGAAGACUAGCUAUCCCGUCAGUAAACCAGCAACUCCUGUAGAAGACUAAACCAGCAUUGUCUAAUAGACUAGCAGCUGCAAGGGUAUACUGGCAGCCCCUUUGGUAGACCAGCAACUCCUGUAAUAGACUGGCAACUCAUGUAGAAGACAAAAUCAGCAGCCUCCGUGAUAGACCUGCCCCCUUUGAAUACCAGCAAUUCCUGUGGUGGACCACAGAUCUCCUGUCUUAGACCAACACCUCCUGUAGAAGACCAAACCAGCAGCCCCUAUGGUAGACCAGCAACUCCUGUCAUAGACUAAACCAGCAGUUUCUGUUAUAGACCUGCAGCUGCUAGGGUAUACUGGCAGCCCCUGUCGUAGACCAACCCCUCCUCUGGAAUAGUCCAGCAAGGGUAGGGUAGACCAUCAUCCUCUGUGGUAGACCAACCCGGAAGCCCCUCUAGUAGACUAGAAUCUCCUGUGAUAAACCAGCAGCUGCUAGGGUAGAGAGGCAGCUCCUGUGGUGGACCAGUAUCUACUGCGGUAGACUAAUAAUUACUCUGGUAGACUGACAACUCCCAUAGUAGAUCAGACCAGCAGCUCUGUAUAGACUAGAACCUGCAGCUCCAAAGCCGUAGAGUCUGAUGGCUCUAAGGGGAGAUGAAAUACCCUCCUCUUUAAACGUCUCGUCUUUUAACAGUUCGGUUUAGAUUUGAUUUUGAUUCUGGAGCAAAAUGCUGAUGUGGGUUUGGCAGGUUGCAAACUGAAGCUGUCAGCUGUAGAGCAUUAACCGCUGGAUGCUUAGUCAGCGCUUCGCAUUUCCUUAAAGUCCCUCAGGUUGAACGCCUUGUAAGCGUAACCUACUAAAUCAGAGUUCGAGUUAAACCAGCCUUACUGAAGUCAUCAUUCAAACACAUCAGCUUAUCACUGUUUUUCACAUUAUUCAGACUUUUUGUUUUCUUUCGUCUUGUUGAAUCUAAAUGAAACAAAAACCAGAGAUGGACCCCUCCCAGGAUUUUGUUUGUCACCUUCCUCAGUGCUGCUUUUGCUAACCGCCAGCACCCGCUGGUUCACGACAUCUUUGGUGUCUGGUUAUUCUGACUGUCGUUCAUUUAAAGGGAAGUACUCGACGGGAUAUAUCUUCCAGAUAAGUGAUGCUUCUCUUUUGACUCUCCUGCUUCCUUACAGUUGGAACUUAUUUAGCGGUCUGUGUCCCAAACCAACCAAGAGUCCAGUUUGUAUCAUCCCCAUCUUUAAUGUAAACACCUCUACCAAACUCUGAUACAGCUUUUAAUACCAACUGACCAGCUCCUCCUUUUGUCCCCACUCUGUUUUAUUUACGUUAUAUAAUACUUGAUGGAUCUAACUGCAGUUCUUGUUGAUACCAGAUCUGGGUUGAAUACCGCCCAAAUACCAGUAAAGGUUUCAUUUCUUUUUUUAUUAAACUCAGGAUUAAUAUGAGUAAUGCUCUCCCAAAGCUUCUUAGUCCUGGCAUACUCAAGUCUUGGAGUCCGGUCGCCCCCUUUAGGAUGUCUUCUGCUUAAACUAGUCAGCCUGAAGUAUUCGCCAACGGUCUGGAGCGACCACAACUCAGGGCUGUUUGGUCUUCGGAGUCUGAAAAGUUCCCCCAGAAAAGCUUAUUUUUGCCUCAUUUCGCCACAAGACGGCGGAUAGUUUGAGAUAGUGAAGAAUAACGUGGUACAGAUGUAACAGAGUACUAAAUAACGCUCCAGCCUCUUGGUCGAAACCACUCCAUGAGCUUCCAAAGAUACCUCUGUAUUUUGAGUUUUACCGAACCAGAUCGGCAAAUCUUGGGGGUCUUUUUGGACCCCAAAGACCAAAUACACUGAGUUUCUGAGGGAAAUCUGUGGGAAAAGGUACUAAAAACAAGUGAAAUCAUCUGUCCAUGCAGCAAGAUAAUUUCACUUGACAAGAUUUCUUAAAUUGAGAUUGUUAAAUCUAGAAAUAAGCAUGUAUACAAUGUAUUUGGAGAGCUUAAAGUCAGACAAAAAUGCUGGUUUUAAGAUCAGAUUACUUAAAAUUUACCUUUUAUAGCCCCCAAAAUUAAGUUAAAUAUACUAAAUGUAAGUAUAAAAUCCUGGUUUUAAUAUCUGAUAACUUGAAAUGUAGCUUUAACAGCCCUAAAAUAAGUGAAAUGUACUAAAUUUAAGAUUAAGGUUUAAGGUUAAAGAUAUGGCUGCGCUUGAUAUAACAUUAUAGUGUAAAGUUAAACACUUAAAAUAAGAAAUAAAGUUUUUUUGUCUUGGUAAGAAUCAAAUAAUUUUCAGUGUGGGAGUGAUCAGGUUUACCCAUCAACUCAGCGUAAAGUUUGAAAACAGGCAGCAGAAACAUCCUGAUGGGUGGUGGUCCUGGGUUCUUGCCUAACGAGGACUUUGCCGAGCAGCUUCUCAGUUCUGCCGACCUGCUUCCCCCCAGAAUCUGAUCAGGGUUCCUACACGACCCCUCAAAGACUAGAAAAUUCAAAACAGACCAUCUCCGGAAUUCUUACUUUGGUGAGGAAAGGGGUCUAAAUCGAGCUCGGACUGCUUACAACGAGAAAACUCAGGAGAUGACAACGUGAGGGAAAAGUGUGGGAGCCCUGUUCAGUCCACCUCACGGCUGUGAGUCUCCCCUCCGUUAACAUGAGUGUGAUUUCGCUGUCAGAUUGUUUCCAGUUUCAAAGCGACCACGUCCAGAGCAGUGUGCCAGCUGGUCCGAGAGUAUGUGGGCCACAGAGACGGCAUCUGGGAUCUCAGUGUCACCAGGACACAGCCAGUGGUGCUCGGCACUGCGUCUGCAGGUACUUCACUAUUUUUUCCAGUUUUCUCCUUAAAUGUCAGACUUUCCUCUGAGGAGUCGUGUGCAGAUGUUUGUUGUAGUUUUGCUCGUUCACACCUUUUUAUCUUGAUUAUGUCUCAACAGAUCACUCUGCGAUGCUGUGGAGCAUCGAAACCGGGAAGUGCCUCCUCAAGUAUAUGGGCCAUCAAGGAUCAGGUAGAGUUGGUUGACUAAUUUACACAUCUAAAAGAAAUUAAAUUUAGUCAUACUUCAACCAUCAGGAGAGCUCUUCUCCAUUGUUUUCUGUAGUGAUGCACGAUAUGAAAAAUUUCAACCGAUAACCGAUAAUUUUCUUCUCCUCAUGGCCGAUACCGAUACCGGUAACCGAUAAAUUCAUAUUUUUACAUUUAUUAUAAUCUUCAUAUAAUCUGCAGUUUGUGCAGGAUGCAGUGAUUGAAAGCUGAUAUUUUUGUUGCUCUGGCCUAUCUAGAACAACAAACAAAAGUUUUUGGCUCUUCAAAUAUGGUCAUUUGCUAUAAAUAACAAUAACAGAGCAAAAAGCAGAACUUCAUUUGAUCCCCUGAACUGUUCAACAGAACUGUAAACUGUAAAGGAGCUAUUAUGAGACGUUAGGCUUAGCAUGCUGACCGGACUAACAUCUGACGUCCAUAUGUCUGUGGUAAAACUCACGUGCAGUCCGCUCUUGUCGAUCAGGUUGUGAAUGUAUGUGGCGACAAUAUCAUAGAGUGCAGGAAGGGACACAUCCGAGAAGAAGCGGCAGCUUGGGAGAGUGUAACGUGGCUCCAAGUGUGCUAUGAACUUACGAAAACCCGGGUUCUCAACGACGGAAAAAGGCUGGUCGUCGACCGCUAUGAACUCCAUCACUUUGUCGUUAAUGGCUUUAGCCUUUUCGCUGUCUCUUGAGAAGCUUUUGCAGUUUUCAAACGGCUACUGAAUGGGGACAUCGAUCCUCCAUAGUGUUGUUGUCUUAGCUUUAGUACCGCUAGCAGCUUCGGCGGCUGUCUCAUAGUCCUUUAAUACUGCUCCGCCGCGAUGGCGACUUUUCAGAUGAGCUAUCAGAUUCGUUGUGUUAAAACUUGACGUCUUCAUUCCGCCUCUCGGAAUCCUCGCUGAACAGGUUUUGCAUAUAGCAGCUGUUGUCAUCUUCUGCCACUGAGAAAAACGACCAUGCUGGUGAAGACAUUUUAUUAUCAGUCAGGUAGUGACAGGGGUCAGGCUUUGGACCUGCUGGUAAGGUGCGACGGGCGGCUACUCCGCCUGCAAACGUUACUCGUAAUUUCAUUAAUAUAUCGGAUCUUUCUAUCGGAAAAAUGCACCUAUCGGACCGAUAAAAAAUGACGUAAUUUUCCCCCAAAUCAGCCGAUAUUCUAUCGGUCCGAUAAAUAUCGUGCAUCCCUAGUUUUCUGAGCUAUUUUGAAUGGAUAGAUAUGCAGGGGUUAUAUACCAUAAAGUCUGAUGUGGAAAUUUUUCAAUGUGCAGUUUCUGUGCAACUGUGUAGCUCCAUCUAGAAUCAUCUGUUUCUGCCAUACUAAGUGUGCAACCCUGUUUCAAGUACAGUAUCAGAGCUCAGACUGCAUUUAGAUACGAUACUGUCCAAUACGAUAAGAUACAGUACUGUCCGGUACGAUAGGGUAUGAUACGAUACGAUACGAUACUGUCCGAAACUGUACAAUACGAUGUGGUCCAAAACCUUACUGUCCGAUACAAUACGAUUUUGUCCGAUACGAUACUGUCUGCAACUAAACAAUACAACAUGAUAUGAUACGAUACUGUCUGAUACUUUAUGGUCUAAUACAGUGCGGUCCGAUACGAUGCAAUAUAAUAUGAUACGAUACAAUACUGUCCGAUACAAUACUGUCCGAAACUACACAAUACGAUAUGGAUACCAUAUGAUAUGAUAGGAUAAGGUCCGAUACGAUACUGUCGGAUACUGUCUAAUACUAUACGAUACGAUGCAGUCUAACAUGAUGCAGUUUGAUACGAUAUGGUCCGAUACAAUGCGGUCUGAUAUGAUACGGUUGGAUACAAUGCUGUACAAUACGAUUCUGUCAGAAACUUUACAAUACGGUAUGAUACGAUAGGUUUGUUUGUUUGUCUAUUUUUCUGUUUCAUGACAUGUAAAUAAUAAUAAUGAUAAAAUGAAAACAAAAUAAAUGACUUUUGUUAUCAUCAUGGAGAUACUUAACAAUAUAAUACAAAGUUGACAAAUAUGAAAAAAAAAUAUGAAAGAAAAAAAGUGAAAAACUGUAAUUUACAUAUCCAAAAAGCAGUGUGAAGAAGUAAUACUUAUUUAAUCCCAACCUGUAUCCAUUAGAUAUUACUUGUCUUCCUUAUCAAUGUAAAACUAUAUGAUAUUAAAUUACAAAGAUAAAUACAGACAUAUACAAACUUUCACUUUUCCUUAAUCAAUGAAAAUACCAGUCAUGUGUUUUUUUUUAAAUCUUACAUUUAGAGAAAGAAACUUUUUUGAAGACGAAUCAAACAUGUUUUGUAAACGUCCCUCUGAGAGUUAAAGUCCUGCAGCAGCAGAGUCGUCUCUGUCUAUUGUGUUUAGAGUAAAAACAUCUGUUUCUCUUUGUCUCCACAGUCAACUCCAUCAAGUUCCACCCCACCGAACAGAUGGCUCUAACAGGUAAUGAUCCAAAACUGAAACUUUCCCAAAGUCCCCGGAGGUUUUGUUGCAGCAGCUGCAGAGGAGGGAAACCUUCUUUUCCAUCUUAUCCAUGCAGCUCAAACUCUGAGGGUCGUCUGCGACGUCGCCUCCAUUAUUGGACCUUUAACCACAGAGAGUAGCUGUAGAUGCAGAUGGAGGACUGUCUUUCUAAACACCGCUUUAGUUUGGGGUUGUGUUGAUUGUUGCACCUCUUGUCCUCCUCAGCCUCUGGAGACCAGACCGCUCACAUCUGGAGGUACAUGGUGCAGCUGCCGACCCCUCAGCCCGUCGCUGAUAUCAGUGUAAGCACCGCCUCCUCCGUGUGUGCGUACCUGAUCAACUCUGUACGUUUUCCUGAUCGUACUUCAUCCCUCGCUCUUUUCUCUGCAGCAGACCCCCUGUGAAGACGACGUGGACUUUUCCGAUAAAGACGAGGCAGACGGCGAGGUCGAGGGUUCAAACGACUGUCCUUCCGUCCGGGUGGCGACCACGACCUUACGCAGCCACCAGGGAGUGGUGAUCGCCGCUGACUGGCUGGUGGGGGGCAAACAGGUAGUGACGGCCUCCUGGGACCGAGCCGCCAACCUGUACGACGUGGAGACCUCAGAGCUGGUUCACUCGCUCACAGGUCAGAUGAUGUCGAUGUUGUUUAUUACCUCAGAACCUCCCUGAAGCUGAUAUGGUCACAUGACUUUGUCUGUGCGUGUGAUCAGGUCAUGACCAGGAGCUGACUCACUGCUGCACACACCCCACCCAGCGCCUGGUGGUCACUUCGUCCAGAGACACCACCUUCAGGCUGUGGGACUUCAGAGACCCGUCCAUCCACUCUGUCAACGUGUUCCAGGGACACACUGAGUCAGUCUGCACACACACACACACACACACACACACACACACACACACACACAUCAGGCUCAGCCAUUGAGGUUCUUUUAUUUUGAAAUGCUUCCUGGUCUUCCUCUGCAGCACGGUGACGUCUGCUGUCUUCACGGUGGGAGACAACGUGGUUUCCGGGAGCGACGACCGGACUGUGAAAGUGUGGGACCUGAAGAAUAUGCGGUCUCCCAUAGCAACCAUCCGCACUGACUCUGCUGUCAACAGGUCUGGUUCGACGUUAAAGGGAUAUUCCGGCGUAAAAUAAAUUUAGGGUCAAACACACCAUAACACCGAGUUAGACAACCCCGUCGAGAGAUGAAUGUUGUCGACCGCUUGAUUCUCUAGUUAUACCAACUUUAGUAACGCCACACACUCAACUAAAACGCCACUCUAUAGCCACAAAUAAUGCUCAGAACAGCACCUAACUUCAUCAACAGGACAUAUAGGGUCACAGACAUAGUACUAGCCACCAAACAUCUUUUUAACUUUGACUCAUUUCUUUAGCAAAGAGACUAAACACAACUCACCUACUCUCUUCCAGCAGCCGCUUGUUUCUAGAGAGACCUCAGGCCAGUCCAUUACGGACUACAGCGGGGUGUCACAGCUCAAGGAAGAACAUUUAUGAUCAUUUCUUCAUGGAAAUACAAUCAGACUGAAUGUCAGAAUCAGAAUGUUCUUCCUUGAGCUGCGACACCCCGCUGUAGUCUGUAAUGGACUGGCAAGAGGUCUUGCCACAGACAAGCGGCUGCUGGAAGAGAGUAGUUGAGUAGCCACAAAUAAUGCUCAGAACAGCACCUAACCUCAUCAACAGUAUAGGGUCUACACAUAUAUCAUGAUCUCAGGAAGGGGUUUUGAGCCUAUGUGGUGAUUUUCACUACAGAGUCAUGCCUCUUUUUUAUUCUGUAGAUGAUAAAAUCCUUUAAAAAUUGUUAAAGUAUCCAGGAAAAAACUGCUGCUGCUUUUUAAUGAAUCAGAAGUAUUGAAUUCACCUCUCCAGUUUCAUGUAACGCAGUUUAAACCUGAUCAUCAUCAUCUUCAUCUUCUUCUUCUUCUUCUUUUGUUCAGGAUCAGCGUGUCAGUGAACCAGAAAAUCAUCGCUCUUCCUCACGACAAUCGGCAGGUCCGGCUGUUCGACAUGUCCGGAGUGCGACUGGCUCGCCUCCCACGGAGCAACAGACAGGUGAGUCAACAGAGGAGGAGGAGGAGGAGGAGCUGCUAACACACCUUUAUAAAAAUAUUUGAUUCUUGUUUUUUUGCUCUGGUUUCCUUCUCGGUGUCAGACAUUUUCUGUUUUUUUAUCACUCUUCGUUCAGGGUCACCGGCGGAUGGUUUGCUGCUCCGCUUGGUGUGAAGACAACACCUCCUGCAACCUUUUCACCUGCGGCUUCGACCGGCAGGCCAUCGGCUGGAACAUCAACAUCCCGGCUCUGCUGCAGGAGAAAUGACCUCCACCGCCUCCUUCUCCUGGCACCUUACAGUGAAACUCCACCCAGAGUCCGUCUUUGGAGCAUCCUACACAUCCUGCAGCCUUAAAAAAAAAAAGGUGGCUUUAAAGACUUGAGUUUCAUGCUUCUGUUUAUCUGUCAUUUUUUAACCAGUGCUAUGUGACAAACGAGGAAUGAGAGACGUGUUUGGAGGUGAUUAUCGGACUGACCUCCUCCAGACUCAGGGGCAGGAAAAUGGGCCUGGUCUUUUCACCUCCUGCAUCUUUCACAGAAAACACCUUUAUUUUUACGAAACGCAUUACCUGAGUCAAAAGAGUCGGAUAACACAUCAAACAGUGAUGCUACCAUAUUCAUUAUUUUAUUAGAUAGUCCAACUUCUUUCGAUGUUUUACAGACUUCGAAUCAGAAAUUUUGCUCCUGCGGUACCUGAAGAUUUGGUCAAAAUAAACUCAAAAACCGUUUUGGUCUAUCAAAUGCAAAUAUUAUUAAAUUUAUUAAAUAUCUAAAUUGUCUGAGGAAGAUUUGAAAAGCAGAUCCAUAAUGUUUUCUUUUGCACAAGAGACUCAGAGCUCGACAGCUUUAAUGCGCGUAAAGUUUCAACAGUGUUUCCCACAUAUAGACCAUACCUCGCGGGUCGUUUAAGUAUAAUACAGAUAAUUUUCUUUCCGUUUUUUCUUACCAUAUCCCUUAAUGAUUAAGACAUCCUCCUGUUGCUCUUUGCUCUUGUUUCUGAUCACCUGUAGCGUCUCAGAAGUUCCUUCAGCUCUGCACUCUUACUGAUAAAGUGCAACAAUUUUAUUCCUGUUUUAAUUUAAAUAUCUUUAUUAUUUUUACGUUAAAGAGGCAGAAAUUAUCCUUCAAAAUGAACAAGAUGUCGAUUCACAUACAGAUGUCUUCAGCCACUCUUGUAAAUGAUCACAGGUGUAAGAACCCCCCUCUCCCCCGUCACAGGUAUGGAGUCAUGUUGAGGGAAACACUGCUAUAACACACGUGUGUCACUUUCAUUUAUAUUAUCAGAGCUCGACGGAGUCUCUCCCCUCUGUUCGAUAAGUCAUGCACUUUUUAACAAACACAGUUCGCUGUUACAAACAUCUCAGUCUCUUUGAGUUUCUCUCAACACACCGAGGUCGAACGACAAACACUCGCACACGAGACCCAAAGAGGUCUCUUUAAAGUACUGAAGGGUUUCUCUCCGGAGUAGAUCCGCUUGUCUUGCUGGUUUCCUCGGAGCCAGAAAGAGUUCGUCUGUUACAACUCGAGUCUUUUUUUUUUUUUUGUGCAAGUCUCAACAGAGACUCGAAAGAUGCCGGACGUCAGAUUAUGAACCGUUUCAAUCAUCAGCUCUGGAGACAAACGACAUGUUCUCAUCAAGUUACGCAAGAGCACUUAUACUGGCGGAAUAAAAUGGGUUGGCUUGUCCUGUAGGUAAAUAAUUCUUCGUCCGUGUUGCGUAGACAGUAACAGCUGACAUGAUCUUACUCAACAAGAACUCGCUAAAACAUUCAGCAGCGUUAAAAAAAAAACAUGUCUGUUCUGUCCGGCCCUGCAGCUGCUCCUUUACUCGACAUGAUUGUAAAAAAAAAAACUUUUUUUCUAGUUCAGCGCAGUGCCCUUUAGUCUGUAGUGUGUGAACGCCGUCGUGGGGAUCCUGUGGGUGUCAUAUCUGUUCUGGUACUUUGAAAAACUAGUGAACUCUCAAAGGAGCGUCUUGAUGUGUUCGCUGUCACCUGCUUCGCUUUGACACUGCCACUUAAACACUCAGCCAAAGCUGCGUUCAAGUGAAUGAAGAGGCCGUAAUGACGUUUGUGUGCGUGCGCGUGCGUGUACGUGUGUGUGGCUUUUAGUUUGUGUGAGAUGAUUUCACUACCUAUACGAACAAAUCCUGCGAGUGUGCGUCCGUGCGAUGAUAAAAAUCGAUGUCUAUAAAAGUGUUUAAUGUUGUAAUACUGAACUAGUUCCUCGACUGGAGUACAACUGUCGUACUUUGUUGUACUACGCGUGUUUUCCACAAGCCUCACAAGUUGCAGCCGCGACGUGAUAAACAAGCACAGUUCAUUUUUAACUGAUUGUUAUAAAACUAGCUUUAGAUUUGCUGAGCAUUUUGCUGGUUUUUGUGUCACAAAUUUUCAUUCAGCAGCGACAUUUACAUGAAAAUAUCAGACGUGAGGAUUAGAGCCGCAUUGUGAAUUUAAAAAAAUGAGACUUUAAAUUGUAAAAAUCCAAGAAGGAAGUCAUAAUUAAGAUGAUAAUUUUACUAAAAUAAGUGAAAAGAGAAAAUUUUAUAAAAAUUACUGGAUUAAGGCCGUAAAAUAAUGAGAAUAAUUCCGUAAUUUUCAAUAAAUGAGUUAUAAUGAAGCAACAAGUAACAAGAAAAAACUGAAUCCACAGAAGUUUCAACAUAAAGUCAUAAAUUAACAAGCGUAAAGGUGUAAAUUUGCUGGAUUAAGGCUGUAAAAUAAUGAGAAUAAUUCCGUAAUUAUCAAGGAAUAAGUUACAAUGAAGCAACAAGUAAAAAGAAUAAACUGUAAAUUAACAGAAGUCGUUAAUUCCAACAAAAAGUCGUAAAUUAACAAAAGUAAAGUUGUAAAUUUACAAAAAUGAAGUUAUGAAAUUGUAUAUUUUGCCUCAUCCUGGCUAACCUUUAGCUAAAAUUAUGACUUCUUUUUUGUAAAUUUACAACCUUCAUUUAAUAAAACUACUACUGCAUUCUUGCAAAUUUAUGACUUAAUUGUAAAGUUGUAAAUUUACAAAUGCAAAGUCGUAAAUUUGUAAAUUUUGCUUCAUCCUGGCUAACCUUUAGCUAAAACUAUGACUUCUUUCUUGUAAAUUUUUGACUUAAUUGUCAAAAUCUCUUUAUUUUUCUUUUACAUCGGGCUCUAAUUCUAAACAUUUCUCUUAAACAGUGAGAACAAAAAAUACAGUUCUUUGUUUUUGAUCAUACCCACAGUUUUUUGUGUGUAUGCAAACAUUUUACAGCCGAAAGUUCAUCAAUGUCAAACGGAGGAAAGUUGAAAUAUUCAGUAUUUGGAUUUCAACAUUCGUUGGAUUGAACAAAGUUGUAUUUUCAGUAGUUGUCAAAAACAAAUGUAAAGGGUUAACCUCCUCCUCUUUUGAAACCGUAACAUUUGUAUCAUAUAAUUGUAAUUAAAGGAGGAAUUGUCGGCAGUUUGGGGGUCUGGUGUUCUACAGCUGAAGCGGUGUUUAUCAGCCUUUAUAACUUGAUGACCUGAUCCUGUAUUUCAUUUGUUUUAAACUUGUGUAAAUCCAGUUUAUUGCUUCAUAAUAUAUAAGUUUAGAUUUAUUUGUUUAAAAGCUUCACCUUCACAUAAAACUGUCAUUUUUGUUAGUUAUUCCGGGGGCGAUGAAUGUAACGUCUGCUGUUCGGUUGGACCAGUUUGGAGGUUUUGUGUUGUGUGGUACAAACUGAUAAAUUCACCGUAAUGUCCCAAAACAAACGUCUAACACGGUUGCCAUGGCAGAACAUUAACUUUCAUAAAACAGGAAGUAGUUUUUUAGUGGGGCUUAACAUGUUUAUAUGGUGACCGGGAACAGGUAAAUGACUCAGUGGCGCCCCCUAUGAAAUUUUUAUCAAGUUCAGAUUAGAAUUCUUAAAUUUGGAGGGCUGAUGUAAAAGUUCUGGAUCUGCGAAAAAGUCUCUUGAACAUAUAUCAUAAAACCAACAAAACUUUUUGAUAUUUGGUGAAAAAUUGAAUUUUUUUUCACCAUGUCAAGGUUUAAUCGAAACUAAUUUUACUUUUGGAAAUAAUCAGAUCCUCUUCAAAUUUUUAUUAAGUUCCAGAAAAGACCUUAAUGGAAAAAAAUGCCUUCAACUGGAGUCAAAAAGUGAAAGGACAUGGCUGUAGUCGGUUGUUGAAUUUUAAUAUCUGGUGAACAGUGACAUUUGAGCAGAAUUAUUAGUUUCAUAUAUUUUAACUCAAACAGCUUCAAUCCAGCAUAGCUUUUUUACUAACAGCUCUUAUUUAUAAAAUAUAUUAAUACUAUGUGCCAAGUUCUCAAAGUAUGUUAGGCUUUCUUUUAUUUAACGCAGUCUAGCUGUAAUGUGGGUUUUAAACGGCAUUUAAAAGAGAAGUUGGAUUUGUUUGUACCUGAAUCUGCAGAAGGAGUCGCCCCCGGUUUAACUAGCAAAAACAUUCAGUUAAUGUGAUUAUUUAAAAACUGUAUUUGUGUGAUAAUGUUUGAAACUCUAGUUCUUUUCCAGUUGUUUUUUCUCCAUCAUAGAAAGUGUUAAAAGAAAAAAAAAAGUCUCACAAAACUCGACUGCAUUUUCUACCGACACUGAGCCACUCUGUUGCCAUCUUCACACUUCACCAGUUUUAACCACAUCUUUCAUCACACUUCACGUGAAUCCAGAUCCACGUCACAUCGUCUCAAAUCCACCGUCGUGAAGCCGUGUUAAAUGUGGCUCUUUUGAAUUUAACAGUGUUGUUUGCGAACAAAGUGUUUGAUGUACAACAAACACCACAGCUCAACCCUCUGAAGAGGAAAGAAGAAAACCUGUUGGAUAAACUCGACAGCAGUUAUGUGGAUUCAAGCUGUGUAACAAGGAACAAGCAUUUGCUUGUAAAAUCAAAAUAAACCAUUCCUGCUGGUCCAAUGUUUUCCACUUGUGUCAUUUUUGGGGGUCUUGUGUUGUUGUAUUAUUAGAAGUUGUUGAUGUCAAAUUGUUUUGCUCUUUUUAUAAGGCAACAAAAAAAAAGAGUUUAUGUUUAAUUUUGACAGAUAUUGUUAAUGAACUUCAGAGACAGGACAAAAAGUAACACAAAUAUCAUUUAUUCACAGUGAUAAAAUAGUCAUGACCAAUAUAGAGUAAAUCCAUUCUGCAUUAAUAAACUUUGGAGAGAGUUCAUAUCCAUUCAAUUGAACACUUUUACAUUCCUUACCUCAAAAAAAACAUUUAAGAAUCAACGCUGGGAGACACACCAACAAAAAAAAAAAACCAACACAAUAGUACAGACAAUAAAAGACUGAAAGUGUUGUGAAUAAAGAAAUACAUUUUAGAGGAGAAAAUGUGAGGAUAAACUCAACAAAACUAGAUUUUAGACAAAUAACAUUCAAGCAAACAUGAAGGUCUAUAUCUUGUAAUGCAGAUUUACUCCCUCUAGGCGGCAGCAUACCGUCAUUUCAGAAUCACAAGAAUAACAAAUGAUAGGAGAAGGUUACAAUGGGGUUUUAAAUCAGUGGUAAAGUUGGAUAAAAUUGAAUAAGAUAGAUUAAAGUGUCAGAUUUAUCGAGAAUGAAGUAAAAAUAACACGACAAAGGAGACACUGUUCACACAGUCGUACUGUGGUUAUUCAAAAUCCAGUGGAAAACAAAUAGUGGGUCCUCUCAAGGUAAACUAUUCGCUGUUCAGGAUAAAACUAAAUUUUUUGGUGAAGUUUGAAGGUGUGAAUUCAAGUUUUGUGGCUAAAAUAAGUCAACAAGGAUUGAAACAGGUCAAUACAAAGUGCUCUGAGGGGACCCAACAAGCUGCGAUAAGUGUUCGGUGUCCCCUGUUAGGAUGGUUGACAAGAAUGAGUGUUUUCUAGAUGUGAAGCUUUUGUGUGUCUACUGUUGAUCUGAGACCUUCUGGUACAUGGGGGGUAACCCUGGCGGCGUGCUGGACUUCGGAAAAACAUGGAAGAGACGACUUGACAGGAAGUUGUUGAGUUUCACCAGAAUCACUGUAGAGUUUGCAUCCGUUCUCAGAGGCACAUGUUGCCUCUCGUUGUGAGAUAACAAUAGAUGAUGAUCGGUGAUGGUGAUCGCACAUUAGCUAAUGUCAACUCAAGCUUUCACGCUUUUUCAUCUACUCUUCUGUGUGCCUCAAGUACAUUUGCAUAAUAGUUUUUUUAUUCCCAACCAUGAUCUUUACAUCUCGACCACAUUCAUACCGGUAAAAACAAUCAUCAACUUAACACCAACCCUUAAGCUUUCAACAGUUUCUCAUGCGCUGACGUUAAAGUUGCAAACUUCUGGGGGUUUUCUGAGCCAAGUUCCCAGCCCGCCACUCUGCAGAGCGCCGGUGAACUGCUGCAUCGCCCUUUGGUAGCGCUCGGCAGCCAUCUUGGAAGCGGAAUAUGUUGCUGAAGGUGUGUCUGUGCUCGUAAUCUUUCCGUUCAACUAGGAAAUCAAACAUAAACUUGACAUUUAAAGUCCAACAACCAACUUAACAAAUACACAAAUGAAUGUAGCAUUAGAAAGUAGACCACGGCAGUUCUCCUGGUCCGUCUCGCCUUUGUUAUACUUCAGACUUCUUUCUCACUCUGGUCCAGUUGCUUUGGUAAAUAAUUACAGCUCUGUCUGCCGUCAUCACAUUUUAAAACAAGGCCGUCUGCUCUGUUUCGGCUCCAUCAGCACUAAAAACAGAAAUUAAAAACCCUGCCUUUAAACUAUUUUAUUCUUUAUUCUUGUUCAGACCAGUUGCUUCUAUGUGCAGAUGAAUCUAGACCUGGACCUGGACCUGUCUUGGCUUAUUUGUAACCAGCAAUCAAACUUAAUGGACUCACAUGUCUCUUUGACUCAUUUCUUUGGCGUUUUACUAAUUGAUUAGACGUCCACUUCCAUUAUCUCAAAGACAGUCUCCUAAAAAAGAGCUUCUUCAGCAAUUUUUCAUGGAUCUUCCCCUCAUUGCCUGAGCCUGCAUCCCUACAAAGUUUCAGGUCUCUGCGAGUCUCUGACUCACCUGCUGCUGCAGCCUCCACCAGCGGGUGAACAUGAAGCGCCUGCAGAGCCGUGACGGCAUCCCUGAGUCCUUCCUCCUUCCUGUGGAGGUGCUGAUCUCCUCCAAACCUUCAUCGCCGCAGCUCCAGUUCAGGCUCCAGUUUGGUGCUUUCCCUGCCGGUCGGACAUCACUACUGCUUAGACCUGGGCCACAAGAGAAACCUCAUGAGACAACCAAGAUACCCAACUACUGAGUCAACACAGAAACCAUGAAGUAUGCUUGGUCCCGUCUUCAGGGGUUGAUGGUCUAGCUUUGGUUCCAGUUCCCAGACUAGUUUUUGAACAACGGAGCCAAGCUGACCAGGAAAAGUCCUGUUAUGUUUUGACUAUUUGACCGCUACAGGUCAUCUGAUCACAGAUACAGCCUCUGAUUGGUUGCUGAAAUGAAGACAUAACUCAUCGAAGACUGCCUACAGACUUCUGAAAUGAAAUUAAACAGCGACCAUACUUCAAACUGAGUUUGAAUCUGGAUUUCAAGGCAGACCGAGAAGGAAACUUUUGGACCUACAGCCGAGCAGCAGCUGCUGUCUCCUGUAGGGGAACGGUAGAUGUUUGACGGGUGCGAGGCGGCGUGCCAUGGCUCGGCUCAGGUGACCCGUGUGGCCGAGGGUUCCCACGGUCAGGCUGUGCAGGUACACCGGCUCCAACAGGUGAGACAAGAGGGCCCCUUGAAGGCCUGAAACGCUCCAUCUGAUGAGACAAGUUUAGAACACGUGUGGAUUCUGCUGACUUUCACUCUCUGGAUCCUUAAAACUGUUAAAAACUCACUUUGCCAUCUUGUCGGUGCAGGACAUGGUGACCAGAGGUUUGCCGAAAGAGACACUACUUAUUUUCUGUUUUGCUGUCCAUGCUGUGAGAGGCAGCGUCCCCUCGCCGCCGUCCACUUUCACUCUGAGGUGACAACGAAAUCUGCGGCUGCGAACUGACACAAAGACAGAAGACCGAGGGAGCUCAGAAACAAAAAUAAGUCAUGGGUCUUUGUUAAACCGUCAGCUUAAAGUGUUCUUACGAGUAGCUGAGCUCUCGUAGGGACAGUUGAGUCGAGCGUCUCCACACGGCGAUGAGCUGACGUACAUGUGGAAGAGGACGCCAUCUUGUAAUCUGAAGAAGCUGCCGCCACUUUCACCACCAAAUUUAUUUGGUACAAAGAUGGAUUGUUCCUCACAGUGUGUUGGCUUACUUCAGAGGAAAGAGACAGAAACAGACGAGCUUUUUAGGAAACCACGAAGAUUCUGUAUUCUCAAUCUCCUAAUCUCGUUCCUUAAAAUGGGAAUUCAGACAAUUUCUACUUGAUCCAGAUCAUCUGGCCCUCGCAAGAACAGAACUACAAAGAACGGCAUCGUUCAUGUACAAGAGCUGCUUCGAAAGAGCCAAUCGUUUAUGACCUACACAUCGCAGCGAGGAACUUAAAGAAAACUGAUUUAAAACAUUAAAAGUUACUUAAAUUAUUGAUUACCACUUGAUGAAUUAACGGAAACAUGACCAGCUCUGCCUGUGCAACAUACGAGAUGUUGGCCAGGCUCAAGGGUUUGGUAUGAUUAUGGGGCGGGGCUAAUUUGAUUGACAAGUAGAGGCAACGCAAUCAGCAACCAUUGUUUAUUUAAGCCACUGUAACUCCACCUCUUUGCCUGUUUAUAGACUCAAUUUAAGUUGAGUCAGCAAUUCCAAUAUGGCAUCUAUCAUUGUUGGGAAACAGAAACUAAUGAGUGACAUCUAUAUUGUAGAUGAUCUGUGGUUCAUACCAGAGCAGCAACUCCAGCUGAGCAUACAGGAAUCGAACCAGCGCCCUCCUGCAGAUGACCUCAGCGUGGCAGUCUCUGAGAGUCCCACCGAGGUCGCUCAGGUUAUUUGAGUCCCAACACUUUGUCCCCGUGGCCAGACAGACGACCUGAGCAGAUCUGAGGUCAAACCCUUAAAAAACAUCCAGGAAAGAGACGGAGAAGAUUGACAGAAACAGACGAGUGAAACAGAUUAUCGUAACAGCUCAGGAUUUUCUCAACAUGUUGAACAAAUGAUCUCCGCUGCGAUGAAAUGAGACAUCCGACACGACGCAGUUAAAACAUCUGACUCUCAGGACUGGAAAAACAAAGCAUUUCUUCUCCUCCGCCGGUGACAAGCAGAGCGUUAACGGGCUGAGACAAGCUAAUGAAAAGUGUAUGACGGAACAAUCAUUGUGGUGUCUCAAAAACAGGCUUUUGUGUUGCAAUCUGGCCUCAUCAAAGAUUCACAGGGCACCGAGGAUGACUGUCUCCCCUCUGGAUCUGCAGGGUAAUCUGAGGUGACGUUCAUGUUUGAAUCGCAGUGAUACUUUGGGAAAGAAUGACUCAGACACUUUGACGUCCGAACUGAGGGGAGAAAAUACUUUCACCCCCAUCUGUUAAGAGAUUUUUACUCAAAAGUCCUCUUAUAAUUCAAGAUAUUACAUCAAAGUUCAGAAAAAUGAUAUCAAGUGUAGUGCUCCUCCCUUCUUUCUAACUUUCAACACUUCUCUGGAGAUAAUCACUGUCGUGCAAACACAGUGAGCUAACAGCAAGCAAGUGUCCAACGAUCACGUCCAAUCAAAGAGACAGCAACUCCCCUCAGAGUCCCCUCAAAGUUCUCUGUCUUCCUGAUGUCCUGAAGCUGGACAGAGUGCUGCUGUUAGCUGCUGACGUAAGUUCACCCUUUGUCCAGGUCAAGACUGGAAGAAUCUGUCAAAUCUGAAACCUUCUGGCAUCUGAAAGUAGAUUGGGAAGAAGAAGACUCGUCCACUGGUGUCACCUGGAUCUAAACCAUGGGACCAAUCAUACUCCCAAAAUACAGACUCAUCUUUGGAACUCAGUGUCUCUCAAAGUAGUAUGGGAGGCAGAGUCUCCCUCUUCUCUGGAAUCAUUGAUCGGUCAUGGUCCAAGACUAGACUUUCUAUAUACCUUGUGUCACCUUGAUUGAAGGCUGACUCAGGUCCGACUCGUCCAUAUGUAAAAGAGGCUGAUACUUCUUUAACAAUCUAUGAGAGACACUCAUAUCAAGAGUUCAGAGCGUUGUGUCUCCAGAACUCACCUCUGGUCAUUACGAUUCCUGCCAGGACCUUGUGACGGGCGUUCGAGGUAAAGCGAUGACUGUCUGUCAGCUCUGAGUAUUUCUCUUUCACCAGGUUGAAGAUCGACUCUGCAAAAAACUGGAGAAGAAAGACGAGGACUUUGACAUCAUGUAGUUACAGGCAGAGUAUUUUGGCUUAAAUGGUCCAAAACACGUCAGGAGUUGCACCAAAACAAGACAAUUGUGUAGGGACCUAAUCAAAGGACUGUCUGGUACGCUCUUGACAAGAUCAUGUACAUUGGGGCUCUUUCCACCUUGUCUGUUGAAUAAUUAAAACAACAUAAGACCGCCUCAUGUGAAGGAAGCAGAUGAAAUAUUUGAGGGUCCAAAUUGAGCUUCAAAUAAUUCAUGUUAGAUAAAUUUUGAGUGGGGGUGAGUAAACUGGACUUCCACUGAUCGUCCAAACGUUAGUAUUCACUCAUACAUGAUCAUCACACCUAUCAGAGAAAAUUGUUCAGAUUUCAUGUUUUAUGCAGCUUUAAUAAGGAGUGUAGUUUGUUUUGUCAAGAUUUACUUAGUGGUGUAAAAUCAGAAUAAUAAUGUUUACACACUUUGCUAUGCCCAGACCCC